CAUAAGGAAAAACCAAUAAAUUGUGUGGCAAGAACCUCUCAGAUAAAAUGCAUUUGGAAAUUCGCCAAGACUCUUAAGGAUAUUAUGAAUGAGACAAGAUCGAUUGAGGCGCGAGGGUUCAACCAGCCCUCUGGCGACGACAGGUGGAUCUCAAUCCAGAAGAAGACAUUCACCAACUGGGUCAAUGAACAGCUGAAGAGCAGUGGGAACAAAGUCAGUGAUUUGGCCACCGACUUCUCAGACGGAUACAAAUUAGUCAUCCUCAUGGAGGCUUUGACCUCUGAAGACGGAUGUCAGUGGAAGAAGGUGUUGGGUCCCUUCAGUAACCGGAAGCCCAACAAGACACAACUGAGGGUACACCAGAUGGAAACAGUCGAGUUCGCUCUCAACAUCAUGAAGUUCGAGAAGCUAGACCUCACCAAUAUAGGCGCUUCUGACAUUGUGGACCAGAAUCUGAAGUUGAUUCUGGGAGUGGUGUGGAAAUUGAUUCUCAAGUUCCAGAUCGGGAGCUCUGGUCGAGGUCCCCAGGGCAAGACGAAGAGAAAUCUGCUGGACUUGGUCAACACCCUUUUGCCCGAUUUGGGGGGUGUGAAGAACUUCUCGUCCGACUGGAACUCGGGAGUAGCUCUCAGUGCUUUGUGCAACUACUGUGAUCCUUCGAUGUUUCCCGACUGGCGAGAAAUGAAUGAUAGCGACAAGUUGAGUAAUUGCAGACAAGCCAUCCAGCAGGCACAGUCCAGACUAAAAGUGCCCCAACUGAUCACUCCAGAGGACAUGGCAUCAUCAGAACUGGACGACCAGAGUGGAAUGACGUAUAUCUCCUACUUCCUGGCUGAUGACGGUCCAGUCAGUGCCUCCCUUCUCAAGUGGGUCCAGACUAAGAUUCCAGACCAGAGGGUGAAGAACUUCGGGAGUGACUGGCGAACCGGGAUUACACUCUGUGCUCUGAACAAUGCAGUGUUUCCUGGAAGUUGUCCAGACUACCAGUCGAUGGACGCCAGGGAUAAAGUGAACAACAGUCAAAAAGCGAUUGCUCUUUGCUCCAAAAACGGAAUCGAGAGUGUUCUAAUAGCACAAGAACUGAGCGCCGACGAGCCAAGCACAGUCGCAAUUAUGAACCAAGUCGCUAAAUUCCAGCACGUUAAACCUCCUCAAACAAAAUCUGGGGGACGAGACAGGGAUUCGAACCCCCUUCCUCAGCAGCAGAGCCGGCCUCAUUUAACUCACCAGAAUGAACUGGCCAAUGGGGGAGUAGAAGAGGAGCCAUUGGUUAAAGUGCGACAGGCGGCAGCCAAUCAGAACUCAGCACUGCAAAGCGCACCCCCGCCCAGACAGUUUUCAAACAACUACUCAUUUUCCCCGUCGAACAGUGGUGGUGGUAUGAUACAUUCCGGUAACACUUCAAACAACAACAACAACUACCAACAAGUCGACAAACCGACUCCCUCUCACGCUUUCACUUCGCCUCCACCGAAAGAAUUUUCGUCUUCGUUUGACGAACCCGAUAACGAAGUAUCUUCUAUGAACACUCAAGACAAUAACUUGUAUUCGGGUAAUAAGUCUCCGAUUAUGAGUCAUAGAAAUACCGGGAGACAAGUAAGUAAUGCAAAUAGUUACAGCACUAAGAAGUUUGUGUCGGCAAUUAAUUCGCCGGGUUCGCUUGUGUCACCGGGUGUUCCGCAACAGUUUGCUGACAACGAACGUGAAAUGGACAAGAGUAGCAACAGCUACACUUCUCAGUUGAAUUCGGCCACUCUGGAACUGGACUCGAGGACUACGGGGGGCUACAGAUCCCCCAAGGGAAACUGUCCAGCCGUGUUCAUCGGAGACAUGGUAAAAUUCAAUCUGUCUUUACCUGCCCGUACUGAUUUGAAAGACAUCGCGAUCUCAGUCGAUUCUCCGAGCGGAACAAAACAACAAUCUCCAGUGGACAACAUAACGAGGCAAGGGGCAAACAAAGCAGUUGUUUCUGUCUCCCCAAAUGAAACAGGAGACCAUUUUGUGAUCUGCUCAAUAAGGAACAAACCAGUUCGAGGGACGCCGUUUGAGAUGUUUGUUUUGCCUACCAAAGAUCAGAUAAUUCUGCAGCAGAGUGAGAGCGCGACAGUUGUGAACACAAGAGUGGAGUAUGUCGUGGACUGUGGGUGUUCAGUGGGGGACAUGAUCUCGUUCAGAUGUGUGGGCCCAGACAACAACCCACUCAACUGCACCCAACAGCACAACAAUGCAACAAACUCUGCUCUGCAGAAAUUCUCCUUCACGCCCAAGCUACUAGGUCACUAUAACAUUUCGGCUCUGUUCAAUGGAGAGAACGUGAUGAACAGCCCCUCUCUUCACACUGUGUUCAACCCCAACAAAGUCCACAUUUCCGGCAUCAAAGACGUCAACGUCGGACAGACAAUCACAAUCGCUCUCGAUCUCCGAGAGGCGGGACCAGGAGAACCAGAAGUGAACAUAGUUCAAAAUGUGAUGCAGCAGAAAGUGUCUCUGAAAAGUGGACCCCAAAUGGGCCAGUACAUUGGCAUGUUUAAGACAGCCAACACUGGACCCCAUCUGGCCUAUGUGUAUCUUCACAACGCACUCGUCAAUGGUCGUCCGAUUGAGUUCAACGUCGGCUCAGGUGGGGCCCUGAUCAAGUGUUAUGGAAUGGGACUGCAGAAGGGGGUUGAGGAUGUGGAGAGUUCGUUCACAGUGGACGCAUCCAAGGCAUACAAACAGUUAGACAAUCUUCAGGUCACUGUCGAAGGAGCCAACUCGUUGGCUAAGUGUUCAGUGCAACGCAAUGACAACAACACCUUCACGGCAACAUACCGUCCGGUUGAGGUCGGGUUCUAUGAGGUAUCUGUUCACGCAGACGGGGAAGCAGUCACCGGAAGUCCAUACAAGGUCAAGGUUAUCAACCCCAGAAAGGUCAAGUGUACGCAGCUGUAUGAGUCAUUCAUGGACAGUGAUGGCCAGGUGAAGCUGGAGUUGAACAAGAGGUUCUCGCUCUCUUUCGACACAUCCAAUGCAGGCCCUGGCGAUUUUGGGGCUAAAGUGAGUGGACCUAGUGGGAAUUUGGUUCCAUGUAGUCUGGAGAAGGACAAACUACUCAGCCUCCACACUGUCAACUUCAUGCCCAAGUCCAGAGGUCGUUACGAGAUCAACUUGACCCUGGAUGAACUUCCCAUUCCCCGUUCGCCCCUGAUUGGAGUGACCAGGGAUAACUCAGUGAAGAACAUAGGGGAAAUUACGUGCAGCGGGAGGGGGCUAGAAAACCCCCGAGUGAAAGAGGAGACUAUGUUCACAAUCGACACUUCCCAGGCACUAGUCCCAGGUGAGCCGGAGGUGAGAAUGAGUGGACUACAUGGAGACGUGAAAGUGGAAGUGUCCAAAAAGAGUGACACUAUUUAUCAUGCGACCUACAAUCCAUACAUGCAAGGCAUGUACUUGAUGCACGUGACGUAUGCAGACAGACAGGUGCCUGGAUCCCCGUUCAAGGUCAUAGUCCAGCCCAGUGUGAACUCUCAGUCGGUGGAGGCAUUUGGACCUGGACUGAAGGAGGGGGUGAUUGGCCGGCCGAUCAAGUUCGGAGUGGACACCAGGGCCGCCAGACCAGGUAACGACAAAUCUAAACUCUUUCAUGAAUUUUUGGCGCGAAAACCUGGAGGCAGGCUGAAUGCCCGAAAAAUUAUGCCAGCCAAUCAAAACUCAGUUUUCUUGCUAGAGGAAAAGUGGGCUCUUUUCCACUCCUCUUCUUAA